UUACAUAUCUGACAGACGGGAACUUGCCUGCAUAUGCUUGGGACCUCGUCUCGACAUCAUCAAACAAUCGCAAUCGCAAACUCACUCUCGGCGCGUGUCGCUUUCCCAUUCGUGGUUAUACUCAACACCGCAUAUAAGUGUAGUCACCGGCUUCCUUGAGCCUGUCGCUUCCUUGGGCUUUGCGCCUGCUGCAUUUUGCCCGACUCAAGCCACGGCCAGGGUGGUUCAGACGCCAUGGGCUGGAUGAGCUGGUUUGCGGGCCAGGUGGUCACGACGAGCUUGGUGCUGGGGACGCUCAAGCGUAACGGCGUCAUUGUCCUGCACCCCAACUCCUUCAAAAACGAGAACACGCGCCUGGUCUUCAACAAGAUGGUGGGCAUUGGUGAGGACAUGUCGGAGCUGAUUGAGCGCGCCUACACAGUUGCAUACGAGCGGGUCUACCCGCCCACAUCAAGCAAGAAGUGAGCGCUGGGCAGCGGUGCUGUGCUCUGGGGCCAGGGCGGCUGCUGGGGCUUCCGACAGAAGAGAAUGAAGCUGUGAAGCGGAAUGGAGCACGCAGGAGCAGCGCAACCACGGGCGGGGGGUGCGGCCCGUUGGUGGCGGCGUGCCUGCGAAGCUGUCCGGGGGCUGGGCUUUGAGCGGUGACUGGUCCCAGUGGCUGCGUAUCCGCCCAUGUGGUGGCGAGCUUGCGGUAGGGAGCGAGGAAUCGGGAGGCGGGCGCCGUAUGCCGUCGAUGCCGUGUGGCGACUGGUACCAAAAGCCCAGCCAGGAGUGCUGGGGGCUGGCUCGGCGCCGUACAUUGCGGUGCUGGCAGGUUGCGUCAGUUCCCCCGCAUGGGGCCGGGUGCGUGGCAGCUGCUGCACCAGCCAUGCGGCGCUGUGUGCGGCGCCGCCACUGCCUAGAAUGCUGCGGACACGGGGCGGACGUGUUUGCUGUACUUGGAUUGUAUGCAAGAUACGGAUCACCGCUUCUUGCCGCCUGUGGUGUUGGCCGCCGCUGCGGCGACCUUGUAGGGCUCCAAUUCGCAUAUCAUCCGGCGAGCGUGCCGGCCGGGUGCGUAGUAGUUUGCCUGCGUACGGUAUUCGUGCAGCAUGGGGUGGUGAGUGGUGGUGAGCGGGUGUGGCGGUUCAGAACAAUGCGGCAGAUCAGUGGGUCAGUGGGUGGUUGGUGGCAAAGGCACAAGGCAAGGUUGAGGCAGAUUGUGGUGUUCUUGUGAAGCAGGUGGGCAGGAGCGAAGGAAUCAUCUGAGCGACUGGGAGUGUGGUAGUAGCAGGAUGCACAGCCGCGUGUGUCUGAUGAAGUCAGACUGUGACUGGAUGGAAAUGGACCUCCAACUAGCA